AUGCCACGUAAGCUACGUAAGAAUAUACGUAAGAGGAAGGGAGCAUUGAAACAUCCAAUAGUAAAACUGACACCACAACAACAGUUGCAACAACAAAUGCUGAAUGACCCCACUAUGUUGCAACAAAUGUCAAGCAACCCUAUGCUUUUAAACCGAGUUAUUGGUGCACAGAGUGGAGGUUUAAGAGCGGCACUUUUAGCGAAAAUGGCAGGCUAUGGUGGAGCUGCAGACGGAACAGCUUAUAACCCUCAAAGUCAAAUGAAUUUGAGUUCACUCAAAAAUCAAAUAACAGAUGUCAAAAAGUCAAACAUAGACAUACAGAAACAAAUAAGUGAAAACGAAAAGAAACUAGAAUAUGACAGACACACAAAGAAACUCAAUGAGUUAAACGUAGAGAAAAAGAAGAAAGAAGAACAACUGAAAGAACUAAGUACAGAGGAAUAUGCGAAAAAAGUGUCAGAAAAAGCAGCAGAAGUAGCAAAAAUGGAACAAGAUGUUAUAAAUUUGAAAAACCAUACUACUCAAUAUAAAGUACUGA